GCUUAUACGCUAGAAAUACGCACUAUUUAUCAAAGCUGCAGUAGAGCCUGUUGUGUAUCGAGGGUAGAGGAAGAGGAAGAGGAAGAGAGAGGAAGAAUAAUUAUUGGGAAGCAAGAGUAGCAAGAAGCAUUAGAGCCUGUUGCGUAUCCUGUGGAAAAUCGGAGGAAGAGAAAAAGGAAUUAUUGGGAAAGUGGAAUUGGAAUGAAGCUUGCAGGUCUGAAAACUGUGCAAAAUGCGCACGGGGAGUCCAUUUGGGCGGUGACGUGGGUGCCUGGAACAGAUUCGAGCCCACCUUUGCUUCUGAGUGGAUCAGUGGAUGAGAGCGUAAAGAUAUGGCGGGGCGACGAAUUGGAGGAGGAGGCGUGCAACACUGGGCACUCGCUGGGAGUGGUGGCGGUGGCGGCACAUCCAGCGGGCUCAAUUGCGGCCUCCACCUCCCUCGACAGUUUCGUUCGCGUCUUCGACGUCCACUCCAACUCCACCAUCUCCAUCCUCGAUUCGCCCCCAUCAGAGGCCUGGAACAUGCACUUCCAUCCCAAGGGUGACUUAUUGGCUGUUGCUGGAGGAGGCAGUGCUUCUGUGAAGCUAUGGGAUACUGCUACAUGGCGGACAGAUGUUUCUCUUGCAGUUCCCAGAGGAGAGGGUGCCAAUGGAAAGUCAUCAGACAAGUCUGGAGGAAAAUUUGUUCUGGCUGUUGCAUGGAGCUCUGAUGGCAGAAGACUUGCAUGCAGCACAAUGGAUGGAACGAUAGCUGUGUUUGAUGUGGCACGUGGCAAAUUUUUAUACAAUUUGGAGGGUCACUAUAUGCCUGUGCGAUCUCUUGUGUUUUCUCCCACUAAUUCACGGAUCCUAUACACUGCUUCAGAUGAUACACAUAUUCACUGCUAUGAUGUAGAAAACAAGAGCCUCAUCUGUGCCAUGUCUGGACAUACAAAUUGGGUUCUGAGCAUUGAUGUGAGUCCCGAUGGUCAAGCCAUUGCCUCCGGAUCUAGUGACAGGACAGUUAGACUUUGGGACCUUUCCAUGAGGGCGUCUGUUCAAACAAUGACCAACCAUACUGAUCAAGUGUGGGGUGUAGCAUUUCGUCCACCUGGGGCUCAAGAUGUGAGAACAGGCAGACUUGCAAGUGUUUCUGAUGACAAAAGCAUAUCAUUGUAUGACUUCACUUGAGCUUUGUUGUCUGCAGGUUUUUGAGGGUUUUGGUCUUUUAAUGUGAUCUUUAUGAUUUCUGUUUGUCUACCCAGUUAAUGGUUGAGCCCAUGACUUCUACUUCCACCUUAGAGAAAAUGGUUUUUUUUGUAAAUUUAUGUCACAUUGCAUAAAGUAUCUUGCUCAUCCUUCAUUGAUCUCAGUUACAAUUUAUAAGCUUCUUACAAAAGUCUGGAAUUGAUUUUUCAGAGGACAGAAAAAUUACAGAUUCCAUUAUUCAGCCUAAUGAAGAAUAUGAAAUAUGUUUUCCAGAAAUACUUAACACUAUUGGACUUUUCAGGGUUUA